AUGGAUGUACGUCGGCUUGCAUGGAUGUGGCACGACUUUUCUGGCUUGGUGCCCGCAAGGAGGAGGAGGAGGAAGGAGGAGGAGGAAGGAGGAGGAAGGAGGAAGGAGGAGGAGGAGGAGGCAUGGAUGAGAAGAGUCGUCAGGCAGGGGGGCCAGGAAGAGUGGUGUCGGGGCAUCACGCCCCGAGGCGCGGCGGGUGGCGCGCGCCAGGACGAGGGGAGGGGUGGGGGCCAGGGGGCGUGCUGCGAGGCGGAGGGAGGGCCACGAGGUGUGAAAGACUUCAGGGCCCUGGCCAUGAUAUCCACUCACCCCCAUUCCUCACCCCGCCUCUUCGAUGCCCCCGAAGGUCGAUGA